AUGGCGAUGGCGCACGGGCGCGCGCCGCGCGCGCGCGCGGUACCCACGCGCCGAGCGGCGGCGGCCUCGCGCGCCCUGGCGCUGGCGGCGGCGCUCGCGCUUGCCGCGUCGCAGCUGGCGGCGCACCUGGCGGGGCAGACGGCGCCCGCUGGCGGUGCGCACGGCGAGGCGGCGCCGAGCCUCUGGGAGGCGCGGCCGUCGCCCGCGGCUCCCGCGCCCCCGGCGCUGGCCAACAUCGGCAGCGCGCUACUGCGGCGGGGCGGCAGGCGCUUCCUGCGCAAGAGGCUCGACGAGGGCAAGCGGAUCGCGAGUGAGACCGACAUCGGGACUCGGGGGUUUGAGAUCGAGGUGAACGGGACGUGCGGGAAGGGCCGCGCGGAGCUCUUGCCGCUGCUCAGGCUGAGGCCGCUGAUGAUCCGGUUCGAGCGCGAGGAGCAGCUCCGCGACCCGUGGGAGCCCUACGUCGAGCUCGAGCUCGCCCUGGUGCGCGGUGCGGGCGAGGCCGCCCACGGCGCUGUGGAGCUGGAGAUGCACGGCAGAUUGCCAGCCUUCACGAAGGUGCUCACCGGCUCCGCGGCCUGGAGAGCAGGACUCGUCGUGGGCGACGCCGUGUUCAUGGUGGACGCCCAGCCCGUGUCGACUUGGUCCAGGAGCGCGUUGAUGACUUCCCUCGAGGCCAAGAACGUGGUCCUCACUGUGCGUCGGCGCCCCGCGGGUUUCGACAUCAAGGAAUGCUGGGCGUAG